AGGAUCGACCAUAUGUAAUGACAUGUGCGCCAAUCAACCACCAAAACAAUAGUUUGGCUUCGUUGCACUCAGUUAACCCGAUAAAGUUUACAAGCUGCGUAAGAGCACGAAAUCUGCGUUACGGGCAACCGGCAAUGUUAUCCCUGUAGAAUACCAAUGAGGUGAUGCGUCCUCGCCAAUUUGUCAUCGUAUUUACCCCAUUGAAUCGACGCAAUCCAUUAGUGCACGCUUAUAUCGAUCGGCAGGUGGAUCGGCACGUACAAUUUUGGCGCAAUUACAGUCAACUACGAACCACGCGCGAUGAGUCGUCAUUGUUGGGGUCUUGUAACAACUGAUCCACCGGUGGAUGGUACCGCUGAAGUCAUGGUGCACCUCAUUCGAAUAGUGACAAUCGGGACAGUUGCUCGGAUUGGUGAAGUGAUAAUUUAGUAAAACAUUUACUCGAAGAGCAAUGCGCAUCCUUUUGCAAAUCUUCGUCAUCGUUGCCGCCCUUGUAACGGUCAUGAAAGCGGAUUCCAUCCCGGAUGCACUGCGCAGUUACAAUCUGGACCUUCAGAACUUCAAGUUCUUCAAAUAUCCCGGAAGGCUAACACCGUACGGAGUACGUCCGGGCAAUCCUAAUCCUUCGUUGACGCAGAAGGCAGCGGCGAUAUUCCGAUACUUCAAGAAGCUCGCCAUUGGACCACCGAUGCAGAACUAUGGCGUCAAGGUCAACCAGAGGAGGGCACUGCAUCUGAGGGCUGCCUAUCAGAAACAGUUUGGCUAUCGGGGGAAGAAUCUCAUAGCGCUGAUCGGAAAUGGACAUUCGCCACAGGAAUUGCGGUAUUACGGUGCAAUAGGGCGUGAUUUCGGUCCGUAUUAGCUUAAGCUUUAAAUAAUUGUUAAGUGUGAGUGGACUGAAACUGUGAAAUUAUUUAUGUGAUGUGAUGAAGACUAAACCAUUACAGGAUGUUGAAAGCUUUCUGAUGACAGAACCCCCGUUUAUUUAAAUUUCUAAAGGCAUGUCUCCCAUGUUAGUGUUACAAAUUGAUAAAGAUUGUGAAGCGGAUCCUGCUUCUUUUAGGCAAUCUUGCACCUUUCGAAACAGAACAAGCAUAUCGCUCCAUAUUUUUGUUUCUUCUUCAAACGUAUAGGAGGCAGAUCUGCUUAACAGACAUUUGAGAGGCCCAUAUAGCCGCAGCUGUGAACCGUGUUGAAAGAAAAAACUCAAAUACUCAAAUCUAAUGGCUUAAUCACAGACAAACAGACGUAUCCCUUAGAACAAAAUGCGAAAAAAAUCAUCGUCACGAAAACAUAAUCGCCCAAGGCUAAUUAUGCUGUAGUACGCAAACCCACUGAGUAGAUGCUGGUAGUGAGCAAACGUCAAACAGGAGCGAAAGCGAUGCGAGCGCUAUAAGCGAGUGAUUUGCGAACUAUGAAAUAUUUGAAAAAUCCGUUAAAAAGGGAAACGAUGGGAAGUGAGUAGAGUGACACGUCUGUUUGUCUGUGGCUUAAUUGUUUUACGUGCGAUUUUUGAUUCACCAAACUCAUCAACGAAAAAAUCAUGUGAGUUGACUCGUGGAUUUAAUCAUUGCUUUAUCUCUAGGUGUUCUUAUUAUUUACAUCGAAGACUUAAGGAUUGUUUGACAGAACAAGACCAAAUCUUGCGUACAACACCAUAGAGCAUGGUUUCCCAAACUGUGGGUCGCGACCCCCCAGGGGGGUCACCGGCUUUCAUCCAGGGGGUCACGAGGGAUAGUUGAAUAAUUUACUGUAAUAUACUGAGGAAAUUUCUAUGGUGGGUCGCCUAAAGCACGUCUUCUGGCAAAAGGGAGUUGCGCAUCUAAAAAGUUUGGAAACCUAUGUCAUAG